UCAUGACAUUGAUUAGGACUGAAUCCUUAUCUGUAUGCAAUCAUUGUAUAGCGGUGACUGGACACCCCAGACUCUUUGGCUAGACCAUUCUGAUCAUAGUUAACUUAUUAUGUACUCCGUCUUCGGAGUCGCUCUUGGCGGCGGUUUGAAGCAUUUUUUUCAAUAAUCCGAAUGGCCAAGCUUCACGGCUAACGGCACUCGGCACCGACUUCUCCAGUCCGUGCAUCCAAUUAUCGUUCACUUUUUUUUUUUCUCUGGACCAAGAACUACCGGUCUAAUGCCGCUUUCUAUCGGUGCAUGAUCAACGCUGCCAUGAUGGCGAGGCCCGAUAUAAGUGUAGAGGCGCCUCUCUUCGCCGUGGCUUCUAGUAGUGUUUUCGAAAUUGGUCCGUUGGGCAGUGGCACUGCGCCCUCAACGUUUCCGAGUUCAUGGCCACUCCCCAGGAUAUCGAAAAGGAUGCCAUCGGGCUCGCGAUAACUCAACAGGAACCGAAGCAAGAGCAUGAUGGCACGCAGAACAAUGCAGAGCUUCAGCCUACGGUCUCCAGGCGUUCAGCCGUGGAGUACUCGAUCUUCUCAAAGAGCCAGAUACGUUAUAUCGUCUUCAUAGCAUCAUGGGCAGGAUUCUUUUCGCCAUUAUCCUCACAGAUUUAUUUUCCAGCCUUGAAUACAUUGGCCAAUGAUCUCCAUGUCUCGAAUUCGCUGAUCAAUUUGACCCUAACGAGUUAUAUGAUCUUCCAAGGACUUUCUCCCAUGUUUAUCGGUGAUUUUGCAGAUAAGGCGGGUCGUCGACCGGCCUACAUUGUGUGUUUCGUAAUAUAUAUUGGGGCCAAUAUCGGAUUGGCCCUGCAGAAUAAUUAUGCAGCACUAUUUGUGCUUCGAUGCAUGCAGAGCGCCGGAAGCAGUACAACAAUCGCCUUGUCGUCUGGCGUAGUCGCGGAUGUUGCGACAGCAUCCCAGCGAGGUUCCUAUAUGGGCUUCGUUACGGCUGGUUCUCUAAUGGGUCCGUCUCUGGGACCAGUUAUUGGAGGUCUGCUGGCGCAGUACCUGGGUUGGCGAGCCAUCUUCUGGUUCCUUGUCAUCCUAUCUGCCUCGUUCCUGGUACUUUUCCUGAUUUUCUUCCCAGAGACGGCUCGCAAGGUGGUUGGAAAUGGGUCAAUUCCUCCUCAGAAGUGGAACAUGUCCCUCAUAAAUUACCUGCAUGCCCGCAAGGCCGCUAAGGAAGGGAAGGAGAUAGAGGAACCUUCAGACAGAUCUCCAAGGAAAAUUGGCUUUCCCAAUCCACUGAAGACCCUGGCGAUUGUCUUUCAAAAAGAUACCAGCGUCUUGCUUCUGUCCAACGCUAUUCUCUUUGCGGGAUUUUACGAUGUUGGCGCUGCUAUCCCGUCGAUAUUCCACGAGAGCUAUCAUCUCAACGAUCUGCAGAUCGGUCUCUGCUAUCUGCCAUUCGGAAUCGGGUCCACCAUCGCAUCUAUCAUCAACGGGAAGUUCCUGGACUACAACUACCGACGUUUAGCCCGACAGCACGGCUUCCCUAUCGUUAAAAACCGCCACACCGAUUUGGCGAACUUCCCUAUUGAAAAGGCCCGGUUGCAGAUUGCAUUCCCUCUCCUGACAAUCGGCAGUCUGGCCGUUAUUGCUUUCGGCUGGUGUCUGCAGUACAACGUGCACAUUGCUGCGCCUACUAUUAUCCUUUUUUUCCUGGGUCUUGCUUUGACGGGCUCUUUCAAUACUGUCAGCACUCUUCUCGUUGAUAUGUACCCCAACAGUGCAGCUACGGCAACUGCGUCAAAUAACUUUGUCCGCUGCCUGCUUGGAGCUGGUGCCACGGCACUGGUUGUUCCUAUGAUAGACGGCAUGGGAAGAGGCUGGUGUUUCACCCUCGUGGCGUUUGUCAUGCUAGGCACCAUCCCACUUCUGCUGGUGGUCAUCCGAUUCGGGCCUGGCUGGCGAGAAGAGCGGAGAUUGAAGCAAGAGGCCGCACAAGCGGAGAUGGCCGCCGCCCGGAAAUAGAUUCACCGACGGCAAGCGUAGGAGGUUCUCUCCAUCAUUGAUAUUUGCAAUGCAUAUAAGAAACGAAUAGAUGAGUAAUGUCUAGAAUACAAACCUUUUUCA